GCUUUUAUGGCAGCAGAUCUCACAUCCGGAAGCCUUGAAUCACAAGGUGUUAAAGGACUUUGGCCACUAGAAAUUGUUGUGUCUUGUGAGAGAUGCUCCUAAACCACAAGUCACAAAGACAGAGAUGCACAGGGGAAUUCUGCGUCUUCUCUUCAGCUGCUGUUAGAGGGAAAGCUAUGGAGGCAUUUGGUCUGAGGAGAACUCAGUCCCUGAGGAGUCUUUCUGGGGUUCAGGAGAGGUCAUGGGUCAUGCCAGCUCCCACCCACUGGGACAGGAAGUCUGUGUCUCAGCUGGUACAACAUUACCAAAGCUGUGCUGACCUAAGGAGUAUUGAAAAAGUGGAGCAUAAACUCCAGGUGUCAGAAAGCUGUGCGGACAGUCGAUGGAGGAGGCUGGAGAGCAGGGAGAAUGUGGCCCUCUGGGGAUCUGGAAGAAGCUCUAAUCUGGCCAGGAGCCGCUCCAUGGACUUCCUCCCUCAGAGGGAGUCUUCAGGCACCAAAGCUCUGUGUGCCCUGUUUGAGUCCAAGGCCACCCUGCAGCAAAGCUUUAACAGCAGCCCUCGGCUGAACUCAGCAUCUGCUACUCGCAGUAAGACAGGGAGAGACUGCCCUCUGCAGGACCGGAGAAGUCACAACACGCCUUUAAAGGAAACAACCAUUCAGAGAACUGCCCAGGUGGAGAGAGGAAAGGCCAUGAAUGCGCUCCCAGAGUCUUACGACAGAGCAUCCAGAUACUCACACGAUGACAAAUAUAGUCCAUCACUGACUAAGGGGGGCCCCCAGACAACACAAACCAGAGACAGGAUAUCUACUUCCUCCUCAGUGAGAGACAGAUCAACUCUCUAUCUGUCAAGAGCAGCAGCUAUCAACUCCACAGGAGGCUCAACACAGCCAGAAUUCAUUGGUACUCCAGGAACGAGGGCUAAAAACAGUAAGAUGGCUGAAGCAGCCAGGAAAAUCACAGUUUCACAAUCAUCUCAUGAUGAAGACGACCUGCCUCUCCCCCCACCUCCUCCCGUACCACCUAGACCCCUCGACUAUGAAGGGCCUUCAGCAUUAAGUAGCCUCCCUGUGCCUCCACCUAAAGAAACCUUUUCCACGUUCUACCAGCAACGGCAGAAGAGUGAGCUGAAGAGGCUCUUUAAACACAUCCACCCAGACCUACGGGCAAGUCUCGAUGAUGCUGUGGAUGAUGAAAUAAUGAAGGCAGUGCAGUCAGAAAACACUCAGGCAGGGGAUGCACCUUAUCAGGGUGAAGUGCAGUCCAUGAGGUGGAUCUUUGAGAACUGGACUCUGGACAAUAUUGGGGACCCUCAUGCAACCAAGAAGCUGCUGUAUGAUGAGGAGUUGAAAGGUGGAGACGUCAGAGGCACCUCCUCUAUGUUUGAGCACAUUGACAGCACUGGACAAAUGUCUGCUAAAAGACAGACUUCUGUCAGAGGGGAUGUGAGAACAUCAAUGUGGCUGUUUGAGACCCAGCCCUUAGAUUCUCUAAAUCAAUCAAAAAUAGAAGAAGGUGAACUGGUCGAAGCAGUGCUCAAAGAACCCAUCCAGCCAGGAGAUGUGAGAGGGACUCGGCUGCUUUUUGAGUCUAAACCAUUGAGUGACUUGGGACGCUGCAACUCCAUAGAAGACCAUAGCUUCCUCAAACUGAGAUCUGAGCUUCAGGAGCAGAAAGGAGAUGUCCAGAAGACUGUAAAACUCUUCCAGGCAGAACCUUGCUGUGUCAUCAGAGACAACAGUGGCAAUAUCCAUGAGAUUAAAUCCAUCUGCAGGGAAGAGAUCAACAGCAGCAACAUCAGCACUGCCCGUUGGCUUUUUGAAACCCAGCCUUUGGAUCUGAUUAAUAAGGGAACCGAUGGGGUGAAAAUAAUUCGGGGUAUAUCUCUGGAAGAGGGGCACAGAGGAGGAGUUGACCAAAAGAGGUGGAUGUUUGAAACUCAGUCAUUUGACACAAUACAAGAGGUUGUGGGAAUGGACAAGUUUGAAGGAACGGUGACUGAAUGCGCAGGAGAGGCCGACGUCGACAACAAGAGGAGGCUCUUUGAGAUGCAACCCUUGGCAGCACUAAAAGGAGACUCUGCAGAAAAGUCUUUGGAAAAGGAAGAAAUUAUUGGGGGAGAUGUCAAGACUUCUCUGUGGCUAUUUGAAACUCAACCCAUGGAGACCCUUAAUGAUAGCUAUGAAGUUGGGCGUUUGAAGAAAGUUACCCUUUCAGCUGAAGAACAAGGAGAAGUAAAAGGCAAAAAACAAAUAUUUGAGAGCAGUAUUCAAAAGAACACCUCAUUGAAGGAGCAAGAGAUUGAAAAGGGCGAUGUUAAGGGAUUCAAACAUCUUUUUGAAACAAUUCCUCUGAGCAAAAUUGCUCGUUCUGAUGAGGAAAUUAUUGAGAAGGAAAAUGCUAUUGCAGAAGGAAAUGUAAAAGGUAACAAAGCAAUGUUUGAGACACCUCCUUUAUAUGCAAUAAAGGACAGCUCUGGAAACCUCCAUAAGGUCACAACAGUCAGCCGAGAAGAAUUCAUCAAAGGGAAGGUCCAAAACUAUAAGUGGAUGUUCGAGACCAAGCCUUUAGACGAGCUUGUAGAGGGAAAAGAAAAUGUGGAGGUAAUCAAAGGCAUCACCAGACAGGAGGAUACAAUGGGCAAUUUCAAGAUGGCAAAGUGGCUUUUUGAAACACAAACAAUAGAUGGGAUCCAUUCCAAGUUCAACCAGACAGAGCAGAAUGCUUCUGUAGAAGAGGAGCCUCGUAAAGGUGAUGUCAAGACCUGUAAAUGGUUAUUUGAGACACAACCAAUGGACAUUUUGUAUGACAAAUCAGAAAAUAUAAACGAUAAAGAAGCCAUUGACAAUACCAAUGUCAAGUCCAUUACUUGGCUUUUUGAAUCACAGCCUCUAGACAGCAUCAAAGAUGGGAAAGAGUACAAUUUGAAGCUAUGCAGCACCAUACAGGAUUCUGUCAAAUCGGAGGUUGGGGUUCAAACAGCCAAACAUCUUUUUGAAACAGAAACCUUGGAUAGAAUAAGAAAGGAUGUAAAUUCUGAACACAAUGUGAGGUGUGUUAGCCAGGUAAACUUUCAAUCUGGAGAUGUCUCACGAGUCAAAGAACUUUUUGAAUCCCAGUCCCUCGAUGAAAUAGGAUCAGAAAUGGUGACAACAUCUGAUGAACAGAAACAAGAUGAACACGUUGAAAAGGGUUCAGUACAUACAUUUACUUGGAUGUUUGAGAACUGUCCCAUGAACCUGAUCAAUAAGGACAACGGUGAUGCAAACAUUCAGAAAGUCAGUGGUGCAGAGAGUGGUGAUGUACAGAACAAAAAGUUUAUAUUCGAAACCUCCUCACUGGACAAAAUCCAUGACCAACCCCUUGAACAGAAGUCAGACUCUGUAGAACAGUCUAUGAGCAAUGUUGACGUAAAGACAAGCACCAUGAUGUUUGAGUCCCUGCCACUGUAUGCCAUCAGAGACAAAGAGGGCCAGUUUCAUGAGGUUACAACUGUGAAAAAAGAGGAGGUAAUGAGUGGUGAUGUAAGAGGAGCAAGGUGGAUGUUUGAGACAAAACCCCUUGACGCCAUCAAGGCAGAGAAUGAAGUUUAUGUGAUCCGAGCUGUCACCCAAGAAGAUGUCAAGAAAGGAGAUGUCAAAUCAGCCAGAUGGAAGUUUGAGACACAACCUUUGGACUCCAAUACCAGCCGAGAUGAACCAUCUGUUAGGGUCAUUGAAGACUUAGGAAGCAAUGUGCAGCUCAAUAAACAGAUAUUUGAAUCUGAGCAGUCAUGCAAGCAAUUCGUACGAAUGGUUAGUGUCACUGAUGUCCAGCAUGGUGAUGUCAGGACCUCCACCUGGCUCUUUGAGAAUCAAACCAUUGACAGUCUGAAAGGGGAACCUCAGGAGCAAGGUCCAGUAAAAACAGUCCACAGAGAAGACAGCCAGAAAGGAGAUGUUAAACGCUGCACUUGGCUGUUUGAAUCGCAGCCACUGGACAAGAUCAAGGAGUCUGAGGAUACCUCAGAGCAAGGUACUGAGAAGGAGAUACCAAAAGCUGAUGUGAAGUGCACUACCUGGCUCUUUGAGACCACGCCACUGGACAAAAUCACUGCCAACAGUGUUGCUGACACCCUGUCCUAUCUGUAUCAAAAGACUUUUGUUCACUCAAGCGGCAUCAUAAUAGAAGCAAAUGAGAGUAGAAAUGUUAACAUGGCAAAAUAUCUGCUGGAAAGUAACAAGGGUGUGCAAAUCCAGAAAGAAGAGGUUGUUGGGGGUAACAUCAGGAACAUCAUGUUACAACUCUUACUCAAACCAACCCUAAAGCCCCAAGUUAGUCUCCUUAGAGAAGUAGAGAUGGGUGAAAUGAAUACCACAGUAGUAGAACUUCCAGUCUACCAGUCAGCCACAACUAUCAACCUUGAGAGGGAUCAAAGAAUACAAAACAUUGUCCAGAUGAUCGAUGAAUUGCUUGUUCAAGAUAAGGAUUUGAAAAAAGGAAUCAUAAUGCAAGAGACUGCCGGGGGACAAGCAGAGAUGUCAGUUUAUUCACUCAUCUGCAAUUGUGAAACCAAAACUGAAAGUCACGUUAUAGAGAAGGGAGAUGUAAAGUCUACGAUUGGAAAUCUGUUAGCUACUGCCAAUAGUCAGAGGACUGCAGCUUCUUGCAGAGUGGAUGAAAAUGAAAAGGGAAAUGUGAAUUUGUACAAAAGUUGCAUUGAGAAAGGAGAUCUGCACUAUCUGAAAAGUCUUCAUACAGAGACAUCAGGAGAUGAAGUUGAUCACAGCCUUCUGGCUGAGGAGCACAUUGAAAUAGUUCAGGGGGAUGUGAAGGAAGCAAAGAGAAGUCUCUGUCAGCGAAAAGAGCAGGUAGAGCGAACCAUUUCUGAUGUUUUGCCAGGGGAUGUAAAGAACACCAAAAAAGUUUUUUCGUCAGAGUGCCUUCUCAGUGUUGAAAACUGUGUUCCAAAGGAAGAAAUAAUCCCUGGGGAUGUCUCAUCAGCAAAGCAACAACUUGCAGUAAAGCCACCCAUCAUGGUAGAAAAAGAGGAAAUUGUGGCUGGGGACAUCAAGGCAACAAUGCAGUCAUUAGAACGUGCAAAGCAACAGAGCCUGUGUGUGGAGCGGGAGAUCAUUAAACCUGGAACUAUCUAUGACAUGAACUUGUCAGCUGAAGGUCCUGAAAUAGAAGGAAGCCAAGCACAAAAAGAGGUCAUUGUAUCCGGAGAUGUGAAAGCAGCUAAAAAGUCCCUUGAAAUAGCUAAGCAGAAUAGCAUGCUAGUGGAGCGUGAAGUCAUUGUCCCUGGAAAAAUAUACAACGUGAAUGUCACAGCACAAGAGGAAAGCUCCUCAGCAGUGAUACAAUCUACAUGUUUGUCUUCCUCCAGAUGCCAGCAAAUCAAGACUUAUCCAAAGGUCAGUGAUGCAGAGAAAGAUCAGGAAAGCCAUGUUUCCUCUGAGGCUUGUCAACAAAGUGCAGUUAUAGUCAGUAAUUGUGCACCAGAAUCACUGCCAUCUUUUGUAAGUUGUGAGUGUAAUGGUCAGACAACAGAAGAUGAGACAGAAGAAGUUAUCAGUGGAGAUGUGAAGGCAGCUAUUAGGUCUCUGCAGAGUGCAGCAACAGAGCAGAAGCUCCUAGAUAAAGAAGAUAUUGUAAGAGGUAAUGUCCAAUUGGCUCUGCAAUCUCUUGAGAAGUCUAGUGUAAAUGUAUCCAAAGGAGACUAUAAAGCUGCAAUGAUAUACAGGAAUUCAGGGAGGGCUGGUUCAGGGAGGAGCAAGACUGUUCACAAGCAGUGUGUUGUGGUGUCUAUGCCUCCAUCUGACACAAAAUUGUCUCCUUCAAUUUCAGUAACCUGUGAAGGACAACCAUCAAUCACAACACAGAAUUCAACAAUCAACCCUGUAGCAAAUGGAAACUCUAAAUCAUCCAGCGCUGAGAGUGUAACUCCACCUCCACUCCCCCAAAAGACAAGUGAGAAAUCACAGAAGCCAGCUUUACCGCCAAAGCCACAAUGGACAAAAUCAGUAGUUGUGGAAGAACAGAAUAUUUCACCAACAUCUCCUCCUGAAGUUGCUUGCCCCAUAAGAAAGCAAAGCGCAGUGAUUCCUCCAAAACAAAGCAAACUGUUUCCUACACCUUCUUCAGAUAAACUACAAGAAACCACAACACGUGACAAAAUCAGUAAAGAGACCUUACAUGAAACAUACCACCAAAACUGUGUUGAUGAAGCAGUGCAAGACUCAAAUCAAACAAUUCAACGACUACCAAUGGACUCAAAGGUUCAGGGAAUUAAGAAGAAAAAGAAAACAGCACCAUUUACAGGGAGCAAAUCAGACUGCCAAGUAAUGACGUCAAACAGUACUGAAGUGGAAAUGGAGAGAAAUGUAAUAAAGAAAAUCAAUGCAGCUGAGGAAAUACAAAUGUGCAUGAAGAAUUAUGCAGAAGAUGGCAAACAUGAAAUGAACAUGAGCUUGCAGCAUACUCUACAGAACUUUGAAAGAAAGGAUAGUGAGACUCUGGACAAAAGAGCCCCUUUGUUGUCCAAGAAGGUAAACGUAAUAAAUGAUAAUGUUAGUGACCAUAAACAAACCAACAAAACCACUGCUCAACAACACAAAUCCCAUCUGCAUCCACAACCUCCCCAAAAACAACACAACACUGACGACACAGUGCAAACAUUAGAGACCAAAAGUCUAAUUGAUGCAUGUCAUAUACAGCAAAAUGACCUCAUUGAAAAGCAACCCAAAAUUGAGGAUAAAGUUGUUUUAAGAGAGAAGAAAGUAAAGGAGACAGAUGAUGAAAGACGACAAAGGCUUUCUGUCCACAAGGAGGAGAUUAUGAAAGGAAAUGUGAAAGCGGCCAUGGAAAUCUUUGAAAAUUUGAGAAAACGAGAAGAACUUAAAGGAAUCCUGUCUCAAGUACAAGAGAUAGAGGGAGAGACCAGCAGUGCAGACGUUGGCUCCUUGAAGACAUUAUAUGAAAAUGUCCCUGCUUGGAUGGUUACACCAAGUAGAAAUGCAAAGCAAAGUAAAACAGAGGAAAAGAAAGUUGAAGUAGAGACACAGGAUGAUGAUCUAGAAAGCAUAUCCUCAGUUGAGACUGCAUUUGAAGAUCUGGAAAAGGCAAGCAAGGAAAUAAUGAAUCUGAAGGAACAAACGCUAACAAAACUUCUUGACAUUGAAGAGGCAAUUAAAAAGGCUUUGUACUCUGUCUCCAAUCUGAAAUCUGAGGCUGACAUUGCAGGGUUGUCAGGACUGUUUGAUGAAUCUUUGAAAUCUGAGCAAAACUUUCAACCUGCCAACAACAUCAGGAAAAUAAGUAUUGUGUCAAGCAAGGUCAAAUCAGGUCAAAUCAAAGAGACAUCUGACAUGAAUAUGCAAACAGUUUCAGAUUCAAGUCCUUCUAAACAAGAAGUGCCCAGACAAGUACACAAGCCACUCAUCAGACAGUCCUCUUCCCAGUCUUCCCCAUCAUUCAUCUCCAUUCACUCAGCUGCCAGAAAGCCUGCCGAACAACCGAGGUCUCCCAUGUUAACAUUUAAACCAAAAACAGAGGUUAAUUCUCAAAGUUACCAUGAUGCAAAUAGUGAUCUGGGACAGGAUUCUGCUGCUGCUGAAUCCUCAAAAAAUUGUCAAAGUCCUGCACAACGCAAGGUCAGUGUGCUCGAAGUGAAAACCGUUCCAGAGCAACCCGCAGGAAUAAUUGGCACAAAGACUGUCAGUGAAACAUACGAAGAGACCGAUGGCUUUGGCAAUGUAUUUGUUUCUUCUGUGACUUCAACAUUUGUCACCAAACAGUCUGACAGUAAAUCAUCUGCACUGUUUGAAGUAGUUGGGAGUCCAGCCAGAUAUGAAGUCAUGACAUCCCCAUUAAUUCGAAGAUCUGGUCGCCCUUUUGAAGAUAAAGUGAGCAACGCCAAGGAGGAAGGGACGGUGUUUGUAACGUUCAGCCAACCAAAGGAAAAGCACUAAAUAAGACAGUGUGUUUCCCACUCCUUUAAUUUUAGAAAAGCAGUUAUUAAAUUUUUGCAUUUAUUACAUUAUGCUUUCAUGAAAAGGUUUUGUUAGUCAUAAAAUUGAUUUUAUGAACUCAUGAAAAUGUUGACUUAAUUAAAUAAAAUGUGUCUGAUAGAUUUUAUACUGUAACCACAUGAGUGUUAAGUUCUUUUCGUAAAGCUAAUAUGGUUGAUGCUGUAUGUUCUGUUGUGUAAAUUGUCGAAUAAAUAAUAGUUUAGAAGAUGUGAUUGUAAAAAAUGA